AUGAUGGGAGACGGUCGAGGUGCGCGUGCGCCGUUGCUCGAGUGCGGCGGUGAGUUCGCACAUCCGCACAAGACGUCGGCGCCGCGGUGUUGCUUCUGGCUGGCCAGCCACGUCAAUGUGAGGAAAUGCGUCGCCGGCAUCAUGUGCAUAUCCGUCCUCACAAUAUUCUUCUAUACAUAUUAUGUUACGGUACCGCUAACAAGUUUGGUGUGGCGCGACCGUGUCCCGCGACCGUUGUCGCAGUGUUCCUUGCUCGCAUCGCAACAGCAGGCAGCGCGGGACCACCGGUCCGACGCGCGCUUGCGCAUCGACGCUAAAGUGCUCGUGAUAGUCGAGUCGGCCUACUCGCGGUUAGGACGUGAUAUCGCCGAGCUACUUGUCGCCAACCGCAUACGGUACAAGGUGGAAGUAGCGGGCAAGAGUCUGCCUGUACUUACCACUUUGGACAAGGGGCGAUACGGCGUUAUCGUGUUCGAAUCGCUUUCUAAAUACGCAAAUAUGGACAAAUGGAAUCGAGAACUUUUGGAUAAAUAUUGCCGGGAGUAUUCUGUUGGAGUGGUCGCCUUUGCAACUCCGGGAGAAGAAACUCUAGUUGGGGCCCAGCUAAAAGGAUUUCCUUUGUUUAUGCAUACGAAUUUAAGGUUAAAGGACGCAACACUUAACUCUGCGUCACCCGUGUUACGACUGGCACGAGCGGGCGAAACAGCAUGGGGACAGCUUCCUGGAGACCACUGGGCCGUGUUUAGAGCAAACAGCUCCACUUAUGAACCAGUCGCUUGGGCGCUCAGGCAGAAUGAAUAUGGAACAGAAGAAGAGCGUUUGCCGCUAGCUACGGUGGUACAAGACCACGGGCGUUUGGACGGCGUCCAACGCGUGCUGUUCGGCUCAGGCCUACAAUUCUGGUUGCACAGAAUAUUAUUCCUAGACGCACUCAGCUACCUCAGCCAUGGCCAGCUCAGCUUGAGCCUCGACAGGUGGAUACUCGUCGAUAUUGAUGAUAUCUUCGUAGGAGAAAGAGGCACUCGGCUCCACGAGGAAGAUGUAGCUGCAAUGUUAGCGUCGCAGGCGGCGCUGCAACGGCUAGUGCCAGGAUUCCGGUUCAACCUGGGCUACAGCGCUAAGUACUACCACCACGGCACCGCACUAGAAAACCGAGGGGAUGAUUCUUUGCUACGUAAUAGAGAACAUUUUAAUUGGUUCUGCCACAUGUGGAACCACCAACAACCCCACCUGUACAACAACGUUUCUCACUUGGAAGCCGAGAUGAUGCUCAACAAACAAUUUGCAAUCGAACACGGCAUUCCUACCAACUCGUGUUAUUCGGUAUCACCACAUCACUCCGGUGUAUAUCCAGUACAUGAACCGCUGUACGAAGCUUGGAGAAAAGUAUGGGACGUCAAAGUAACAAGCACUGAGGAGUACCCGCAUUUGCGUCCGGCUCGGUUGCGUCGCGGGUUUAGGCAUAAAGGCGUUAUGGUGCUCCCUCGCCAAACCUGUGGACUCUUCACGCAUACGCUUCUACUCGAACGAUAUCCAGGAGGUCGGCAUCGCCUCGAUCGGUCCAUUCAAGGUGGCGAGCUCUUCCAGACAGUCAUCAAUAACCCUAUCAACGUGUUCAUGACGCACAUGUCAAACUACGGCAACGACAGGCUCGCCCUCUACACGUUCGAAUCUGUAGUCAAGUUCCUUCGAUGCUGGACUAACGUUCGUCUUGCGUCCGCUCCACCGCUUGCGCUUGCUGACAAGUACUUCCAACUGAGGCCUGAUGAACUGAAUCCGUUGUGGGGAAACCCUUGCGAUGACACACGGCACCGCCGCAUCUGGUCCAAGAGCAAAUGGUGUAGCACUCUUCCCCGAGUGCUAGUAAUCGGGCCUCAAAAGACUGGUAGUACGGCCCUCUAUACGUUUUUGGCUAUGCACCCGUCUCUCGUACCAAACUUGCCAAGCCCUGCCACUUACGAGGAGUUACAGUUCUUCAACAACAACAACUAUCUGAAAGGAUUAGACUGGUACCUGAACUUCUUCCCACCGAACUUGAGCAACAGCUCACAGAUGACGUUUGAAAAGUCGGCUACCUACUUUGACGGUGAUCUGGUGCCAAGACGGGCGCACGCUCUAGUACCCAACGCUAAGAUCAUUGCUAUACUUAUAUCACCAUCUAAAAGGGCGUACUCUUGGUACCAACACAUUCGGUCGCACGGUGACGUGAUCGCAAAUAACUACACUUUCCACACCGUUAUCACAGCGAAUGACUCCGCGCCGAAACCCCUCCGGGAUCUCAGGAAUCGUUGUCUGAAUCCGGGCAAGUACAGUCAUUAUUUGGAAAGAUGGCUGGCAGAGUACAGUAGUCACCAGCUACACAUCAUCGACGGGUCCUUGCUACGUUCAGAACCCGCCGGCGUUAUGAACACGCUGCAGAAGUUCCUCAAAAUAUCGCCACACAUCGAUUAUAAUAAACUGCUCAAGUACGACCCGAAAAAGGGAUUUUUCUGUCAAGCGGUUGGCAAUGACAGAACUAAAUGUCUGGGUAAAUCGAAGGGUCGUAUAUACCCUCCCAUGGAGGAACGUUCUUCGAAGUUCCUGAAGCGUUACUACACGCCUCACAAUACAGCGUUGUCCAAACUACUAGUGCGGAUAGGACGCCCCGUCCCGCAGUGGCUUAAAGACGAACUAUCUAACGGAUAG